CCACCACACAAUCACCACACAAUCCAACCCACACAACAAAAUGCCACCAUCCCAACCCCCCGAACACUUCCACGGCUACCUCUCCAAUUCCCCCACCACACCCCUGACCUACGCCCCGUACACCCCGAAACCCUUCACUCCCACGGACAUCGAAAUCAACAUAACCCACUGCGGCAUCUGCGGCACCGACCUCCACACACUCCGCUCCGGCUGGGGUCCCAACACAACGACCUACCCCUGCAUCGUGGGCCACGAAAUCAUCGGUAUCGUGACACGCAUCGGCUCAUCCAUCCCCACCUACCCCAACACGACACCACUACGCAUCGGCGACCGAGUCGGCAUCGGCGCCCAAACCUUCUCAUGCCUACAGCCCUCAUGCGAGGAAUGCGUCGCGGGGAAAGAGAACUACUGUCCGCGCAUCACGGGCACAUAUAACAGCCGAUACUGGGACAACGAGACAGGAAAGCGAAGCGACGUUAUCGCGUACGGGGGAUUCGCGCGGAAAUGGCGCGGGCCCGCGGCAUUCGCAUUUCGGAUUCCAGAGAGAUUAGAGAGUGAGGUUGCGGCGCCGUUGCUGUGUGCGGGGACGACGGUGUUUGCGCCGUUGAGGAAGUAUCUCGGUGAUGGGGCGGAUAGUGGGAAGGGGAAGACGGUAGCGGUGGUGGGGAUCGGUGGACUGGGGCAUUUGGGAAUUAUGUUUGCGAAGGCGUUGGGGUGUGAGCGGGUUAUUGGGAUAUCGAGGAGUAAAGGGAAGCGAGAGGAUGCUGUGAGGGGAUUAGGGGCUGAUGAGUUUAUUGCGACGGGGGAGGAGAAAGGGUGGGAGAAGAAGUGGAGUCGAUCGGUGGAUUUGAUUCUGUGUACGGUGGAUGGCGAUGAUAUGCCCCUUGGGAAGUAUUUGAGGUUGUUGAAGGCCGGCGGGACGUUUGUGUUGGUGGGUGCGCCGGAGAAGCCGUUGCCCAGGAUGAGGGCGUUUGAGUUGAUUGGGAAGGGGGUUAAUGUGACCGGGUCGAAUAUUGGGAGUCGUGAGGAUAUUAGGUGUAUGUUGGAGGUUGCGGCGGAGAAGGGGGUUAGGCCGUGGGUGGAGACUAGGAGGAUGGAGGAGGUUAAUGAGGCAUUGAGGGAUAUGGAGGCGGGGAGAGCGAGGUUUAGGUAUGUGCUGGUUAAUGGGGAGGAGAGGGGGAGUCGGUUGUAGUUUACUCUUGAGUAUAGAUUUGGG